AUGUUACGAAAAGAGGCCAGUAUUAAAUAUAAAGAGCAAUACCACGCACUGUAUAAAGAAUUAGGGAAAAUGGGGGUGUUGGGUGUUGAUUGGAUGUUCUAUAACAUCAAAGGGCUGGAAGAGAUUUAUCGAAAAUUUCCAGGCACUAGUGCAAUAAAAAAAAUUCACCUAAAGUUAAUGACUGACAUAUUUCAAAGUCUUGGCAAGCGAGGACGUUCUUCAAAAAAUUAUGAAUUUGAACAGUUACCUUUAGUACGCCACUUACCACCUGAAAAAGUCACCAAUGUUAAAAGUCUUUUAAAGGCGGAAUUUAAUGAUGACUGGCGGGCAGAUCCCGAACUAGCCUGGUAUAAAAUUAUCAUUGAUAGCAAUAUUGAAAACGCUACAUAG